UAAGUGCCUGCCUCUCUAAAUUUCUAGAACCCACGUCACCUUUUGGGGGGGGUUUCCUUCCUUUGCUUUUAUUAUUUUCCUUCCCUAUAAUAAUAUAUAAGAGUCCUUUGCAAGAAUCCAGAACCAUACUCUAUCACCCUCUAUUCACUUCUCUCUCUCAAAACAAGUUAUGGUAGUAUUUGUCAUUCAUUUCACAAAACCGGUUCACCUUUGGACCCAUGGCUUCUAAAACCCCUACCUUAUUCCACUCUCGUUUCUUCCUCUUCGGCUUCUAUUGCUGGGACUGGGAAUUUCUCACCGCUCUCCUCCUCUUUAGUUCUUCUUCCUAAUUAAUUAAAUUACAUACACCUUUUCUUUUUUUUUUUUUUACCUAAAUUUCUCAUUACUACAACAUCAACAAAAGAGGCAUAGGUUUUUUUUUUCUUUUCUUCUUUUAUUAAAAUAAUAAUAGUUUCUGUGAGGUAGGUGGAGGGUAGAUCGGGAAGAAAAAAAAAUGUCACAGCAGCAGCGUUCGACGCCGGCGCCGUUCUUGACGAAGACGUAUCUGCUGGUGGAUGACCCCGCCACCGACGACGUCGUUUCGUGGAGCGAAGGUGGCAAUACCUUCGUCGUUUGGAAACACGCCGAUUUCGCUAAGGACUUGCUUCCGAAGUACUUCAAGCAUAAUAAUUUCUCCAGCUUCGUUCGCCAACUCAACACCUAUGGAUUCCGAAAAACUGUUCCCGACAAAUGGGAAUUUGCCAAUGAGUAUUUCAAGCGAGGACAGACGGAUCUUCUCGCCGAGAUCAGGCGGCGGAAGGUGGUGUCUCCGGUGACCGGAAAAUCUACCGGCGGUGGCGUUAACAUCUCGGCGUCCCACUCCGGCGGCGACGACAUGGGGUCGACAUCGACGGGAUCGAUGGAGGCGGCAACGGCGGCGGGCGCUGAUAUAUCGGGCGAGAACGAGAAAUUGAAGAAGGACAACGAGAAAUUGAGCGGCGAGUUAGCGCUGGCGAAGAAACAAUGCGAGGAGUUGGUGGCGUUUCUUAGAGACUCGCUGAACGUGAGCCCCGAUGUGAUAGAGCGCAUCAUUCGGCAAGGAACGUGUGUGUCCAGCAACAAUGAUGCGGUGCGUUUUGAUGCUAUUAUUAAUAAUGAUCUUGAUGACGACGAAAAUGCGGUAGGUGAGUGUGAACCACAACAACCACCACCCAAAGGUGACAAUGGAGAAAGUUUGAAACUAUUUGGGGUUUGGUUGAAGGGUCAAAAUGGGAAAGAGAAUUCAAUUGGUAAAUGCCGCAAGAGAGGGCGCCAAGACUACCCUAUUGCUGCCACUGCCAAGGAAUUGAAGACCCUAGUCUAGUACAACAUAUCAUAUUCUUGUUAAUUAAUUACCUUUUAAGAAACAACUAUUGUAGCCAGAUCUAGAACACAAAGAAAAAUACUCUCUUAGUCAUCAUGGAAAAUGUAUGGCUCUUUCAUGGUAUUUCGUUGUUUGGUUUGAUGGUGCAAGGGACCUAAUAAAGGAUACUAAUGAUGAUGAUUAAGAUUAUGUUUAUAGACAUUAAUUUGUAUGAUUGGAAAUAAAUGUGUCUUGUUUAAGGAAUUUGACAUUGACGGUCUCAUUAUUACGUGGGACAGAGCUA